GGCGUCGUUUUGCCGAAUAAAUGAAUCAAAGAAAUAAUUUAUGUGAAGUUCUGUUUUAUUUGUCUAGAUAUAACUAAUUAUACAAUAAUCCUGUACAGGAUAUAUUUUUGUGAGUUUUGGUUUUGUGUUGUAUACUAGGAACCUGUGUACCAUUCGCGAUAAGCGAAAUGAUUUUACUGUUAGAGCAAGAUUAAAGUGUUUACAUGAUUUCGGUGCGGGUACGUUGUCCACGAUGCUGCCCACAGUGGAGGAGAGCCGUGAUUACGACUUCCAGGACCCGGAGAAUUCGGAUAAAUGGCGAGGCCUCUUCGUCACCUCUCUCCGAAAGAUCCUGGAGUCAGUCCAUCCAUCACUGUCUGCAGAGGAGAGUGCAUUGGAAUUUGUGGAGUCACUCUGCCUAAGAUUACUUACCUUGCUGUGUGCGUUACCUUCCCCAUUAACUGUGCAGGAUGUUGAAGAGCGAGUAGCUCGUACAUUUCCGACUCCACUGGACCAAUGGACUCUAACGGACGCACGAGAAGCCACCACCACUCGCCGCCGCAAGAUGUUGCUGCCAAUGGACAAGAUUCACCAGCUGCUGCACAAGGAGGUGCUACAGUUCAAAAUAGAUGUGUCAGUUACUUUUUUCAUGACAGCCAUACUGGAGUUUGUAAGCACUGACAUCCUCAGGCUAUCUGGCAUAUUUGUAAAGAAAAUCUCUCAGAAGAGUGGCUAUCGAGUUAUUACAACCAGGGACAUAAAAACUGCUAUGUGUGCAGAUAAGUUGUUAAUAGACAUGUUCUAUCAAGACUCUGAGCUAGCGGGCGCAGCGGCUUUCAACGCCUCAACAUUAGGGGUUGAAAGGCGGGGCAGACGCGCCUCCCUUAGCUACGGCGAGCUAGUAAGAGAUCUCUUGGCUGAUGAGAGGAGCUUCCUGAGGGAUCUGAACCUUAUUAUCAGGGUAUUUAAAGAUGAGCUCGAGAAGAUACUUGAAGGCGAUAAUAGGGCGAUAUCUUUAAUAUUCGGCAACAUAGUGGAUAUAUACGAGUUAACGGUGAUGUUGCUGGGGAAUCUCGAAGAUGCCAUGGAAAUUGCCCAAGACUCGCCGACGCCGUACGUCGGAAGUUGCUUUGAAGAGUUAGCUGAAGUAGAAGAAUUCAGAGCGUACGUACGAUACGCUAAUAUCGUCACACAGAAACAGUCGAGGGAUGCGCUACAAAAGGUUGUCGACGAUCCAGUGCUAUCAGAAAGACUUGACACGGCGGGCCACGGGUUCCGUCUGGCCGUGAAGUACUGUUUGCCGCGUCUAUUAAUGUCUCCAGUCGCUCACGUGUUCCUUUACCAUAGCUACGUGCGAGCCCUUCUGCCGGUCGCGCCUUCACAUGACGAUCGCGAGAGUUUUAAACAGGUCGAGUGCAAUCUACAUCCCAUAGAGAAAUUAUUAACAAAAGCUAUAGGAAAUGGACCAAAGUUAGAGGGAGCGAUAAGAUCGGCGAAUCGCGCGAGAAGACAACUGGCGAUAGAAAAGUGCAAUGAACUAACGAAACUCGUGGACAAUUGGGACUCGCGUGACGUACCUCAGUGUUGCAAUGAGUUUAUCAGAGAGGACAUCUUAUCGAAGAUUGGCCCGGGCAAGCGGAUAGCGGAGCGACGAGCUUUUUUAUUCGACGGCCUCCUGCUACUGUGCAAGCCUAUCACGAGUCUGGUAACGGUAAAUAGUGGAGUGACGGCCGGUGGACCGCAGCAGUUGAAAUUAAAAGAGAAGUUGCACAUACGAAAACUGGAGAUUGUAGAUAGAAAUGAUGGUGAAGAGGGUCGUAACCUCAUCGAGCUAUGCCCACGCGUUGGUCCACCCGUUAUUCUGGCGGCGGCGUCAUGCGCGGAGAAAAGAAACUGGAUGUGCGAUCUUGUGAUGCUAAACACUAAACCAAUGUUGGACAGAAGUUUGGACAGCAUUCUACUAGACUUGGAGAAGAGACAUCCACUUCAGCUACCUCCUGUAUCGUUAUACCGAUUCGCGGAACCCGACUCACAAGAUAAUAUCGUUCUAGAGGACAGAGCUGGACCUGCGCCUUUGAUAAAGGGGGCAACAUUAUUAAAAUUGGUGGAGCGUCUUACGUACCACGUGCACGCGGAUUUGAAUCUUGUACGAACGUUCCUAACAACAUAUCGAUCCUUCUGUUCGCCUGCCGAGCUUCUUGCGUUACUUAUCGAACGAUUUGACAUACCGGAGCCUCAUCUUGUUUAUGACGCACCGAGAUCUGUCCCAAGGAUCAAGCCACCCAAGAAGGACAUCAGUCCCAACGCCUCGCUGUUGGAUCUAGACCUUAAUAUAGCCGAAUGUAUCGAGAUAUCAGUGAGCAGCGACGCGGAGAAACUCAGCAAAAACACAGCCAGGGAAGACUGGAAGAGGUAUCGAAAAGAAUUCCAACAGCCGGUAAAAUUUCGAGUGAUAAACGUGCUUCGACAUUGGGUGGAUCAACAUUUCUACGACUUCGAACGUGAGCCCACUCUGUUGGAGAAGUUGAUUAGCUUUCUGGAGUCCGUUGAUGGAAAACCAAUGAAGAAAUGGGUGCAAAGCGUGCUAAAGACCGUGCAGAGAAAGUGCGCACAAUGCGGUCAAAGCGACACCGAAUCGAUCGCAAGCGGGAUAUCCUCAUCGGGAUCGCAAUGGUCUGUCAACUCGGCGUGUUCUGGCGUGUCACAUGUAUUCGACCGACUGCCGCCCGCGCCUUUGCGACAUGUGGCCGAUCCUGACAGACAUGGCUGGCAUCCGCUAACGUUACACCCCCUGGAAUUAGCCAGGCAAUUGACGCUGCUAGAGUUCCAGUUGUACAGACAGGUUAAACCUUCGGAGUUAGUAGGCGCUGUGUGGACCAAAAAAGACAAAGAAAAGACUAGCUCAAAUCUUCUUAGGAUAAUCAAACAUACCACAAAUUUCACACGAUGGAUGGAGAAAUGGAUAGUUGAAAGUGAAAAUCUAGAAGAAAGAGCAGCUGUGCUCUGCCGUUUUCUAGAAGUAGCCAUUGCACUAAGGGACCUCAAUAAUUUCAAUGGAGUACUAGCGGUAGUUGCGGCCUGUGGAUCUGCUUCUGUGCAUCGUUUAAGAUACACUUUUCAGAUGGUGCCGAGAUGCCUUUUUCGUUCGUUGGAACAAUUUCGGGAACUGAACUCUGACCACUUCCGGCGAUACCAGGAGCGGUUACGCAGCAUCAAUCCCCCUUGCGUGCCUUUCUUUGGCAUGUACCUCACAAACAUUUUGCACAUUGAGGAAGGAAACCAGGAUUACCUACCAAACUCAGAACUAAUCAACUUCUCGAAACGGAGAAAAGUUGCAGAAAUAACUGGUGAGAUUCAACAGUAUCAAAACCAGCCCUACUGCCUUACGGUUGAACCUCGAACAAGGGCAUUCCUGGAAACCUUGGAACCGUUCCCUGGUAUGAACGACAAUCAAGUGACAAAUUACCUAUACGAUAAAAGUCUGGAGAUCGAGCCCCGAAAUCAGAGCAAACCUUUAACGAAAGUGCCCCGGAAGUAUCCGGAACUAUCCCUGAAGCCUGUGAAAGUCUCGCGAAGACUCCACGAAGCUCAAAAUCACAGGGAAUCCACGUCGUCUAUUUCCUCCAUGUCGGACGACACCUGUAGUGUUGCACAACUGUCUCCAACGAGUGCAUGGGACGGUCUAUCCGUCGUAUCACUAAACGUGCACGAUCUCGGUUCUCGGGAUGACCGAGGGUCGCUCUCCAGCCCGCAGGAACAUUCGGGCUCGUUAGCACAGCUGGGCCAACUGAGUCUGUUCGACAAAGGACUAGCGUUGUUCGAUAAGAGCAAAUCUGUUACCACGUUGAACAGGAACAGCGGGUCUAUAAAAGACGAGCCACCUUCGCCCAGGGAUAACCAUUCGCCAAGCAAAUGGAACAGUGGGCCUCGAAAGCCACCGACCCUAUCUCCUCGGGGACCGUUGGUUGACGGAGAAUCUUUCAACAUGUGCACUCUGGAGCCCCCGUAUAAAAGGCCGGACCAAUCCCAACCGCAGAAGCAAGAGCGGGUACCGCCGCUAUUCCCGCGCGCGGUUGGCUCCAGCAAUAGUGUCAUACCGCCCAUACCACUGCCGAACUCUGUUCUACCACCCUCGGACAACGAGGCACCUCCUGUUGUACCUAGGCGGCCUACAUCACCGCACACGGCGAUAUGCGAGCCUCCGCCCGAACCGCCAGACCGGCCUUUGCCCAGUCCAAAGCACCACGAUUUCUUCAAAAGUCCAGCCAUGUCCCCUAAGAGAUCUCCUGCACCCGCGCCUCCUAUUAGCCCAAUGCUGCAUGACAGGGCAGCGUUCAGUUUUCCUUCCACAACGACAUCUCCAUCUGCUCAUCACAUUUUGGACGGAUCGGCGCCCCCUCCAUUACCUCCGCGAAAGAGGAGGGAUUCUACGGCACCACAUACGCCGCACCUUGUAAGUUGGAAUUCAAGCACCCCGCCCCCUCUCCCGCCGCGACCCCCACCACCGCCCGAGCUGUUGCGACCAGCCAGCUCCGCACUGUUGCAGAGGCGACAUAUUGCCGCAUUAGCACCAAAACUGCCACCCAAGCCGGCCCCAACGGCCGUCGCGCCGCGUACGUAGUCUUAUAAAACUCUUAACUAGUGAUAAAUGUAGCUCUAUGCUGUACUUUAAUAUCGCUAAAGUCUCAAAAUCAUCUCUAAAAUCUACAUGUUUGCAGUAUCUAAAUUUUUAAUAGGACGGGCUUUGAAUAUUUUGGCUUAUAUGUACGUCAGCAAAAUGUAUGAAUCCAUAGCUAAAAUCAAUACAAACAAAAAUUUUCUAAGACAUAAUCUUAUGAAGUUUAAUUUUUGCGAAAUAUCAUAGGUAUAAAGUCAAAAUCAAAUAUUUCUUUAUUCAUAUAGGCACAUAGAUGGCACUUUUGAUGCGUACAUUACAUGUAAAAUAUGACAUAGAAGUGUGUGAUAGCGAUAAUUAAAACGAUAAAUUCGUCUUAAAACUAUAGCUGCGUGGGUUCCAAACGCGCCAUGGUCUAAGAAGAAUAUAAAGCCAUAACAGUUGUACAUGUGGCCCCAUCUAUUCCCACGUUAAAAUUUAAAUUAAAUGUAGAAAUAGCUUAAAACUUUGAUAGCUUAAAAUCCAGAAAUAUGACACUUUAAAAUAUUUUGGUCUUAUACAAAUCUUAUAAGUAUUACCACCAGCUAUGGAUUAAUACAGGUUUAAUGCGGGCCCGCUUAACUGAAAAAAAAAUGGCGGACUGUAACCCUGGCUCUACACUUAAAUAUUCAAACCUCUGUAAGACGAUUUCGCAGACAAAACGAAUUCAUAACUUUACAAACCUUACCUUCUUUGUCGAAACUGUUUAAAGUCAUGGAAUCAAUAAUAAUAAAGGUGUAAAUAAUCUUUAAUUUUAUUGAUGAAAUUAAUUAAAAUCACGUUGCAUCAAAUGGUUAUAGGCAGCGUCACGUAAAAAGACCUCUGACAAUCGACCUGCACAGGGGACAAUUUAUACAAUUGCAUAAGAGUGCGUGCAAUUAUAUUAGUUAAUGAAUGCUUAUUUUAUGUAAUAAACAUUAAACUGACUGUAUUAUGGGAGUAAAAAAUAGGUUUAAAAAUGUCAUACAUACGUGCUUUGUAUAAAUCGCCCAUUGCACAGUGAUUGAUAAAUUAAGUGCUCUUUUAACGUGACCUGAUAUAACUUAAUUUUUAUUUAUUGCCUUAGUUUUACAAAGCGUUACCGACUAUAGAUACUCAACAUAGUAGGGAUAUAGGGAUUGCCCUAACAGGGCUUGGCUAGAAUGGGCAGGAGACAUUUUUCUCCUCGGGUAAAGGACGAAAUUCUUAUGUACUCCCCAAGUUUUAUCCACUAUUCGAACAUAAGCGCACCGUUGAAAAAAUAUCCAAAUAAUAUAUGUGAAGCGUUGAUAGCCCAUGAUGUUAGGACUUCGUCUUUACUUUCGGGGCCGA